GGGGAUUACUGCAAGCUCCCUCUGUGUCAUGGGUAACACAAAAUAGUACGCUAGUCCAAGCUUCACCUUAACAUCCAAGCCUUCGUCAUCAUCAUUCCUAAUUGCACGUGUCAACCAAUCAAACCUAAGAUCAUUCAAAUCAAGAGCGUUUCACGCUUGUUCUAACUUCUAAGGACUUGAGAUCUGGUGCGCCCAACUAAAUUACAACGUGGAAAGCGGCAAUCUCGAGCACUUGGAGAAUCAUUCAGUUCGGAAACAUGAAGUGAAGAGGACGAGAGUACAGAAGAGAGAGAGGGCAGAUCAGCAGAUGAGAGAUGGAGAUUCUCCGGUAUCAUCACCCACAGACGUUUCAUUUGUUAUUGGUUAUGAAGGACGAAUGAGAAUGCUACAGCUCACUGAAACAUAUGAAUUUGCCGAAAUAUUUAGUGGAGAUCACUUCCCGGGAAAGAGAAAGAAAGCGGGGAAAAUUGAAAGGAAAGUUUACAGUUGAAAUGCGGGUGGAUUGUCCUGUCUGAGCUCAGAAGCUAUAGAGAGAAAGGGCUUAUUUCUUUUCGACCGAUCAUAAAGGAAAGAAUUCCCAAAUCCCUUCAGCUCUUUCAAGUAUGGCCCUCAGUUGCAUGGUGAUACCCCUCUAAACACAAUCCCUGUUGGAUGCUUGUCGCUCUACCUUUAGGAGCCUUGUAGAAAAAGUCAAAAAAGCGGAAAGAAAAUGGGAGCUCAUGAAGGGAAUUGAAUAUAUUUGAUGUGCCCAUGAGUAGAUCAAUCUAUACGACUAGUAAAUGCUUUUACAAUCACUGGUAGCAGCUGCCAAGAUCUCUCCUGCCUUUCCAGACCUCUGUGAACCAUGAAACUUGAUAGUGAACCUGUAUUUUUCCAUUCAACUUUGGUGCACAAGUCUGAUUCUAAACCUUUUGAAUACAAUGAUUAUGCUCUGGAUACUGCUGUACCAAAGUCAGGCAAUGAGAUGGUUAAGGAAAAUCAGAAAGUGAUCUCAUGUGAUUUAAAGGGUCAUGAGAGAGAUGCAGAUCCGUUGGAUGGUGAAGAUGGAUUCUGGAACACAUCAGAGCUUGAUUGUUCUAUAAAUGUGGAUGAUAUAGUAAAUGCUUGUGGUAAUGAAGUCAGAAAUUCUGUUGCAACAUGUGCUGUUUCUUCUGAAAAGUUAGAAUCCUUUGAAAAGGAUGGAGAUAUGUGCACAGAUAAAAGUGUUACCAAACAUGAACUGCCAGUUUGUUGCGAAGAGAGUACUUAUCAUGUUGUUAAGGACAUCUGCAUUGAUGAGGGAAUGCUUUCCCCAGAAAAAAUUUUGGUUGAAAAUGGUAAGGAGAAGCAUGAGGGUUUUUGCACCUUCCUGCCACCUGGUACAGAUAAAAAUGUCGAUCCAACCAAAGAGACAGCUGAUAAAGAAUUGCCCCUUCCAGAUGGACAAAAAGCUUCAGCAGAAAAUGAUUGCGGCAAGGAUGAUAACAAUUUAUGUAGUCACAAGGAUUUGAUGCAGGAAGAAGAAAAUUAUGAUGCUAGAGACAAAAUUAUCAGUGAUACUUCUGAAGAGAAGAUUGUGCCUGAAGAUAUUUUUUUGAUUCCAGAGUCGAGCAAAGAAAAUUCCAUGCCUGAGUCCUCAGAGUUUAAUGGCAUGGAAAUAGAACACCAGUGUAUCCAGAAUCCAAGUGGAGAAGCAGUCUUGGAGAACCCUGCUCUGGUUUCCGAAGCCGAUGAAUCAGAUAAUAACAGUUUACCGAAUGAGUUAUCUUACAACAGCAAGUUGGAGAGUGGAACCAUCACAUUUGAUUUUGGGUCUUCUACUACAUCAAUGGAUAGCGGGAGAGAGGUGAGCCCUCAAAAUGAUGGCUGUGAACCUCCUCUGGAGUCUCAAAACCUGUACAAGCUUGAAGAUGGUUCUGAAUCUCUGCCAUUUUCCGGCCAAAUUCAAAGAGGGCUCGGGGAGUCAAGUUUCUCUGCAGCAGGUCCUUCAUCAGCUUUGAUCAGUUACUCUGGGCAGAUAGCACAUUCUGGUAACAUCUCUCUGCGAUCAGACAGCAGCACCACCAGCACCCGUUCCUUUGCCUUCCCCGUAUUACAGACGGAGUGGAAUAGCAGUCCAGUAAGAAUGGCGAAAGCAGAGCGGCGACACUUGCGGAAGCACAGAAGUUGGAGGCGGGGCAUUCUUUGCUGUAGAUUCUGAAUGCUUCUGACAUUAUAUAAAUAGGUCUUUUUUUAAGUUAAAUAUACACAUGAUACAAAAGUUUACUUUUAUGGUCCAUCUAGCAACAUAGAUAUAAUACCAUCACUCUAUCUGGUGUGCGUGUAAUGUGCAGUAUGUCUACAGUUUGAUGCAUUUGGGUCACAUCCAAAUUCAGUAACCAUUUUUUAUUUUUAUUCACUAUUUUAUUUGCCCAGUUUUUCAA